UUUGUUUCUUUUCUCUCUUCCUUCUCUAAGCCAUUGACGAUGGCUCUUACUAAUUCCAGCUGGAGGCUGCUGCAGCCUUCUUUUUUCCUGAUGGGCAUCCCUGGUUUAGAGGACAGCCAGCACUGGAUAGCAUUGCCGCUGUGUGUCCUUUAUCUCCUUGCUGUAGUGGGCAAUGUCACCAUCAUCUUCAUCAUCUGGACUGACCCAUCCUUGCACCAGCCUAUGUACCUCUUUCUGGCCAUGCUAUCUGGCAUUGAUCUGGUGCUGGCAUCCUCCACCGCACCCAAAACCCUUGCAGUGCUCCUGGUGCAUGCCCAUGAGAUUGGGUACACUGUCUGCCUGACCCAAAUGUUCUUCAUCCAUGCAUUCUCUUCCAUGGAGUCGGGGGUACUUGUGGCCAUGGCUCUGGAUCGCUAUGUAGCCAUUUGUCACCCUCUGCACCAUUCCACCAUCUUGCACCCAGGGAUCAUAGGGCGCAUUGGAAUGGCAGUGCUGGUCCGGGGGUUACUCCUCCUCCUCCCCUUCCCUAUCCUGUUG